GGCCAAACUUCAGUCGCAAUCUACACCUCUAAAUACUCCUAAGUCAGUUAGAAGCAUGAGUUCGGGAGAUGAAAACUCAGAGGUAAGUUAAUUCCACUCAAUAGAUUCUAAUUCAUUAGAAUUACGUUAAGAAUAGAAACAACAACUAACUAUUCGUACUUUUCGCAGAUCAACAGUCCGUUCCAUAGCCCAAUUACAUACAAAAAACAUAAGUAUGCUCAGAAAUAUAGACACGCUGCACCCGCCCACUCAAGACAAGACAAUCGCAAGAUAAAACAGCAAACAGAGACGAAAAAGACUCCACAUAAUAACCGUUUUAACUGUUACGUAUCCCAUUCUGAACCGAAUUUAAACCACAAAAUGACCCGUGAUCAGGGAACUCAAACCGAUGAAGAUAAUUCGACAUUAAUAUCAGAAUUGUAUGCGACAAUUCAUUCCUUACGCAAACAACUACAGGAAAGUCUUAAGAGAUCACCCCCGUCUAGGGUUGAAAAACUGGACCCUGAUGUGUCGACUGAUGUGCUGAAGAUCAAACAGCUUAAUCAGCAGGAAAAUAUCCAAAAUAAUAGGAGAAACUACAAGCGUAGUUCAAGUUCUUGCAUUACGGCCAAUACUCCAAAUUCGGACACAGAUGCAUCUGACGACGAAUGGAAGCCUAACGAUGAUUACAGGCCAAGCAAGCAAAUUAUUAAUGAGAUGAUGAAACCUAAGGGAAAUGAGAUGGUCCCAAUUGGAGAAGGAUACGCUACAGUGCCUGCCAGAGUUCUAAAGCAAAUCGAUUGGAACUCGUACACUAGCGCGACAAGGAAACUGUUGACUUCAGUAUUUACACGCCGAGUAUUAGCCACUCAUUCUUUAACCGGGAAAUCUUCUCCCGCCUUCCCGGGCAAACCUGCAAAGAAACGCCUCGACCCGGAACUUGUCAAUGACAUUGUGCAAGUUGUUGUUGAAAGAUCCGGAGUUAAUGCAAGCUUGGUGCGAACCAGUAUAACUACGAAAUGUGCUGAUGAGAGCAAGAUGUACCGCAGUCGCCAACAGAAUAAAAAGAAACGGCCGUCUAACCAAGAAAAUCUUCCUCCAUCCCCGUACAAUGAUUCUUCCGAUGAUACGUAUUGA